AUGUCUUGCCCGAGAAAGGAAGAAAAUAAUGUGAGAAAUAAAAGGAAAGGGGCGCAGUUCGUUUUCGAAUAUCUGGAAUUCGAUGAGCCACGUGCGCGACAGUUUUUGAGAAUGAUCGCUGGGAGGAUACGUAAAAGUCGAAUUGAACGAAAGAAAAGACUCGCAUUCAGUCGAAAAGUACGACAACAGGAGAGGAUAAUCAGCCUGCAAUCGUGCAGUCAUAUUGCACCAUCUAACGAUCUUCCUUCCGAUGGGCAUGUUCAGAGCGAGCGAGGUGAUCGACAGUUAGCUGCGCGAAUCGGCGACACUGAAAGUAUUUCUUUACCAAACGCAGGGCGAUCAGAUGGGGAACAACGUGGAGAAAUUAAUGUGAACUUCAUCGACAGUGGUAAUCAUAGUAAUUGUGAUGUUUUUAAUUGUAGUAGUGUCAAGUUGGUGGCUUUGUUGCCCUCUGAUGAGGUUUCAAACAACUCAAAAUUAAGUUCAGAUAUUGCGCAGAAAGUGUUGCAAACUUGGCACAUUCAAAGUAAACCAGCAACAACCACAAACCCAACACCGUUGUUCAAUGCAGACGUGCAUUCGAAAGAACACUCAAAUUCGUUGCAGCCAUUAUCACCGUUGUGGCGUCAGAAUGAUUCACAGUUAUUAAACGUUGUGAGGGCAUCGUCAAUCAUGCAGAUUUUGAUCAACGCUGCCGACGGGCAAAUUCGUCUCGUGGAAGUGUCACCAGAGACUACCAUUGCUCAACUCAAGUCAAAACUGGGAGCAUUGGAUAGUGUGGUAACGUACGGAGCGAGAAUUUUGGAUGAAGAUGCCGGCGCUUUGUCGCAAUACGACGUUGCCCACGGAUCAUCGUUGAACAUCAAUGCACGACUUAUCGGAGGCAAAGUGCACGGUUCGUUGGCACGUGCCGGUAAAGUUCGAGCUCAGACACCGAAGGUGGAGAAGCAAGAAAAGAAGAAGAAGAAAACUGGUCGUGCCGCACGUCGCAUCCAGUAUAAUCGUCGUUUCGUGAAUGUUGCGCUAAGUGGCCCAGGCCGAAAGCGUGGACCAAACUCAAAUGCAGCCUAAGCAAGAAUCAGUCGUAUCAUUAUGACAAUGAUGAUGUGUGAUUGAUGCGUUUUGUUUUGAGUGAUUGUUCAGUUGAUAUAAUAUUGAUUGGUUAAAAAAAAAAUUUGACAUUGAUCUGAGUGAUGGGUGUGUAAACGUAUAUGCAUAUAUGUUACUAAAAUUAUUUUUUACUUCAUUCGACUAUUCGAUUGGUUGGUGUAUGGUCGUGUUCGUGUUUUGUUGGUGAAUUCGAUACUCGUCGAUAAUGUUUUGGAGGCAGUUGGUUGUUGUUGUGAUGCUAUUUAUAAAGAGUUGAUGUUGUUUGA